AGAGAGAGAGAGAGAGAGAGAGAGAGAGAGAGAGAGAGAGAGAGAGACUUACUUAACCUGAAUAUUCCCUCUAUCUGUGUACUACAUCCCUUGCCGUUUCUCUUCUUAUCUCUCCCUUUCCGUCCCCUGCUGACCACCUGCCCCUCGUCACGAUAAGACAGUCCCCCGUGAAGCGCUUCCCGACCCGCCGCAGCGAGCAGGUGGCGCCGCGGUGCCAGGCGAAAGAAAACGGAGUCACACAAAGGCAGUGGCGAGUGUCGGCAAACAGCAGUGUCUGUUGCUGUGAAUACAAAAGCAAUACUAACUCAAAUAGACGUUACUGAGUUCUGUACGUUUAUUGCACGAAUAUAUAACAGUGUGUGACGUUGUGUAUUUAGCAUUAGACCUGUGAAGCAGUGGAGGCGUUGCGUGUGGCUGAUCACCUCUGGAACACGUCGGACAGUGUGCGUGUGUCAGUGCGUGUAGAGACACUAACGAUGCACGCUGAUCCCUUCUGCUCGUGUCUGCCGGCCGCCAUGUCCUGAGUCGCCGCCAGCAUGUAUAAGUGGUUCAAAAGUCGGAAUGGCGGCGAUGGGUCGGGCGGGGCUUUAGGGAACUCUGCGAAAGGCCGCGCAUCGCUGCGAGACACUCAGGCGGCGCUGGCCUCCGCCCUUGAGUCGAUUACUCUGAAGGACAACAUUAUCCAGCGCCUGCAGGAGGAGAUCGUGGGCAAGGAGGCCACCAUCGCUGACCUCAAUACUCAGUUGGACAAGCUCCGUUCCGUCCUGCCGCCGCCCACGCCCCGCACCCUGCACGGGCGUCUCUCCCUUCGCACUCACAACAGCCGUAACAACAACAACAAUGAGCACCACAACCGCAACAGCCUCCAGAACGACAGUCUCUUCCCGAUGGUGACUCUGCGUUGUAGCGGCCUGCAGUGCAGUCUGCAGGAAGGCGCCGAGUCACGGGUGAAGCGCACGGCCAUCUCCGCAGAGCCUGCCGCUCAGGACCUCGAGGAGUUUUACGACCCCGAGUUCGCCCCGCCCCCCGUGCCCAAGUCUGAAGAAUCGAAGGACCUCCUGCGUCAGGCGAUCCUGGAGAAUGACUUCCUUAAGAACCUGGAGAUCGGGCAGGUGAAGGAGAUAGUGGAGUCCAUGUACAGCGUUACCUACGAGGAGGGCUCCCUUAUCAUCAAGGAGGGUGACAUCGGGUCCAUGCUCUACAUCAUGGAAGCUGCGGCCCUGAGUCUCCCCUCUUCCCUUCCCUGCCACCCUGCUCCCCUCCCUUCCCUCCCUUGUUUACCCUUGUCUUCCUUCUGUCUUCCCUCUGCCUCCCUUGUGCUCUCGACUUCCCUGCUUAUUUGUUCUUUCCAAAACGUUUUGAGUGAAGUCACAUAGUCUCUCUCUCUCUCUCUCUCUCUCUC